UGAAAAACCCAUUGCAACGACACACAAAAUUUGCCCAUUCUCUCUCUUCAUGAACCUCUGUUUUCUGCAUCCAUUUAAACUUACCUGCACAUCCAAAGCUCAUUCAUUCACACUGCCACCACCUAUCUAAUCACUGCACAAAUACAAUUAUUGAUCAGGGUCUGUGUUAAAAGCCACCAUUUCCUCUUUUUUUUGGAAGAAGACAAAAACAGAGGACAUCAGGGGAAAACAGAGCAAAAAGGUGAAAUAUGGUGAGUGAGCAAAGAAUAGCAGAGGAGACCCUGCAGGAGUCCAAGGUGGCUGCUUUGGAGACCAGUGGCACAAUGAGUGGACCCCUUGUCGGAGCCGCCACCAGGAUCCGCCGGCGCCGGAGGGUGGAGGCUAUGCAACUGGUUCUAAGAGGGUUGUGCAUGGCCUCCUCUGUUGUUUCAAUCUCACUCAUGGUCACUGCUAAGGAAUCUAGUUCUGUCAGUAUUUAUGGCUUUCAAUUACCUCUUCACUCCAAAUGGUCUUUCUCUGAGUCAUACGAGUAUCUUGUUGGGGUUUCUGCUGCUGUUGCAGCUCAUUCCUUGCUUCAACUACUCAUUGGCAUAUCCAGAUUUCUUAGGACUUCUUCUGUCAUACCUUCCAGAAAUCAUGCAUGGCUUAUUUUUGCUGGGGAUCAGGUAUAUAAAGCUCUGCAUAUUUUUAAUGUUUCUCUUUUCAUCAAAAUCAAUUCA